GGCCAGCGGUCGACCAAACGACAGAACGUCGCGACUGCUAUAGGACUACUCCGCACUCAGAAUGAGGAAACAACAGAUAACAGGAUGGUGUAUGCUGGCAGUGCUGGGGUGUUCAAUGGUCAACCCCGUGCUGGGUUACCCAAGUGUGGUAACAGCCGCCCAUCUGCCAGACAACAGCGAUUGGAAGCCCUACGCGCCUGCCCCAGUACCCGCCCCUGCGCCUGACGCAGCCCCCGAGGCGCGCAAGUUUGCUGAGAAACCCAACGCCAGCAAGAAGGUGAUCGCCUUGGAGGAUAGGAACGACAUUGACGAUAUCCAGACAAACCAGAUAUCUGACGCAGGGUUCUCAUGGAGCAACAUGCUGGCCAUGGUUAUGCAGAUGUUGUUCAACCCCAUCGGCAGCCAACAAGUAGGACCUAACAAGUCCGACAGCAUUGACACUGAUCAGGGCAUCUCUCCCUCCCCUUGGGCAAACCUGCUGACCAUGGGACUUAAGAUCCUCACAGCCAUCCUAGGAGGAGGUGGUGCUCCCCAGGGCGAUGGCAUUGACAAGGUGGACAACUCAUCCCCCAUGCAGGGUAUCCUGGCGGCAGUACUGUCAGCAGUGGUGGGCUCCAAGGACCCGGACCAAGUAGCGACCAUGGCCAAGCAAGCUGGGGAGUUUAUCAACAUCGUAGUUAACCUUCUGGAUGCCCUCAAGACAUCCUUCAGCCAUAGAUCCAUCGCUGCGAGAUCCAUCGGCAGGAAGGAUUCUGUCUCAGAGGCAGCCGUCGCAAGUUUGAGUCUGCUCAAGGGAUACGUUAGGACGAUGAAGACAACAGAUGACAAUUGCCAUGAGAAGUACAUCUGUGAGGCCAACAACGAAUGUGCAAACUCCAUGAAUGGUUCAAGCACCAUCUACUGCCAACUGUCCACUUACGCAGCCAGUUUCCUGCUGCAGAGGACUGGCGAAGCGCCGUUCGACAAGUUCUACGAGGCCGGCAGACGAGGGCGAAGUGGUGACGAUUGUCGACAGCUCUACUUAACUUGUAACGAAGUCUAGUGCUCACCCUCCGAUCUCUCACCCUCCCCUUCAUCCCAUCAGUCACCCUUGUUAUUUAUUAAGUGAUGUGUGAUUGUCGACUGAAUGUAUCGAGAAACAUCUUCUUCACUAGGUUAAACGGAUAGAGAAACAGAAUAAGGCUCCUGAAUGUUGGAAAGAUGUGAGUUCCGCUCACCAGCCGUGGUUAGUUUAUAGCUAUCUACCAAAGCAGAAAACAUUUCCAUUCACAUAGGUGCUAGGUCAUCAAAUAAUUUCCAAUCCAUAUACUAAGAAUAAGUAUAUAAAUAUCCCGAUAGAUUGAUUUCAUUAUUUAUUUAGAUUAUUAUUUAUUUGCGUUGUUAUUUAUUUUUACAGUUUUUUAUACUUAUUUAUUGAAAGAAAAUAUUUAUUGAUUUGAAUUUGUUGUUCACUGUUACUCUGCGCAAUAAGUUUGAUGUUUUCUAUUAGAAACGAUAAUUUGAUAAAUGUUAAGUUAAUAUAGUUUGUCUCUUCUGUAUGAAUGUGUGUGUGGUCAUAAAUAAAUAUAAAUUAUUUAUUUAUAGUGAAA